AUGAUGUAAUAGAUUAAAAGAUAUAAUAGAUUAGAAAAAUUUAUAAGCUCUUCACUUUUAUCUCAUUAGAUUCUCCAUAUUGAUCUCAGUAACAAUAAAAUUGGUGUCGAAGGUGCAUCAGGCUUAGGUUCUGCUUUAGCAAAGUGCAUUAAUCUCUCAAAUUUGACACUUUAACUUUCGUCAAAUUAAAUUGGUGUUGAAGGUGCAUCAGGCUUAGGUUCUGGUUUGGCAAAGUGCAUUAAUCUCUCAAAUUUGACACUUGACCUUAGGUCAAAUUAAAUUGGUGAUGAAGGUGCAUCAGGCUUAGGUUCUGCUUUAGCAAAGUGCAUUAAUCUCUCAAAUUUGACACUUUACCUUUCGUCAAAUUAAAUUGGUGUUGAAGGUGCAUCAGGCUUAGGUUCUGGUUUAGUAAAGUGUAUUAAUCUUUCAAAUUUGACACUUGACCUUAGGUAAAAACAGUUUAGUUGUUUUGGAUU